UACAGUUCCUUCCUCUCUUUUCAGUCCCUGCAGGCUACUGAGACAGCUCAUGUUCCUAUGGAAGGUUUUUCAUUCACACCCAAAUUACUUUGGGUAAUUCUACUAUUUGGGGCUUUGAGUGGAAGGUCCGUAGAUGCUGUUAUAAGAUCAAUAGUCUCCCUGCAUCCCUCCUGGAGAGUUUCCAAAGGAGAGAAUGUGACCCUUCACUGUAAAAUACCUGGUAUUUCGGGUGGCAAUCAGACCAAAUGGCUUUUCAAUGGCGUUAACAUCUCACACCAAACUUCCAGUUUUACUCUCACAGCUACCAUUGAAGACAGUGGAAAAUAUCGAUGUAAGAUUGAUAAUUCUUCCUUCAGUGACCCUGUAUAUCUGGGAGUCUAUGUUGCUUCAAGCAGAAAGCCCAUGGUGGAUACUUCAAAGGCUUUACUAUCCAUGACUCCUCCAUGGAACAGAAUUUUCAGGGGAGAAAAUGUGAGCCUUCACUGUAAGGGAUACAACAUCUCCAGUACUAACCAGACUCAGUGGUUCCACAAUGGUUCCCGGCUCUUAGAAAAAACUCCCACUUAUGACAUCAUUUCUGCCACCUACAAAGACAGUGGAGAAUAUGAGUGUCAAAUUGGUGAUUCUGCCUUCAGUGACUCUAUGUUUCUGGGUGUCUACAGUGACUGGCUGCUCCUUCAAGCUUCACUUUUGGUUAUAGAAGAAGGAGAACCUCUAAUUUUGAGUUGCCAUGGUUGGAAAAACCGAAAUGUCUACAAGGUGACUUUCUACCAUAAUAACAGAUCUCUCAACUACUGGUAUGAGAACCAUAACUUCUAUAUUCCUUAUGCCACAAUCAACAACAGAGGCUUCUACCACUGCUCUGGCAUCCUAUGGAGAAUAUUCUAUACCUCAGAACUUUUAUAUAUUGAUUUCAAAGGUACUCUCAGCUAUAUGCAAAUCCUUAUCCCGCUGAUGACAGGAAUUCUAUUUGGUGUGGACACGGCUUUAUUGGUUUUGACAAGGAAGCAACUCCAUUACCUGUUGGAAAAGGAGAGGAUCUUGGCAACCAAACGCCGUUCAAAGGCUGAUCCUGAAGCUGAAUCAAAGGUUGAGAUGCUAUAGGAGGCCAACCUUGAUCCUGAGUCCAAGAAAAUGGAGUUGAUCUUCUGAAUCUGAAACUAGUCUAGAUCCUGAUCUGACCUGAUACCAUUAUCAUUGAUAUCUCAGGUUACAGCAUGAGCAAUAGAGCUUCACAGAGCAGAUGUUGCUUUAGGGCUAAUUUUCUUCCUCUAUAAAAUUGAAAUAAUUGUUAAAAUUCCUUCCGGCUUUAUUUGCCUCUUUCUCUUUCGGUUUAUACUUUAUCCUUAUCCUUUUUCUUGACACAUAAACAAACCUCCAGAACCUUCCAGGUCAUCCCCUCUACCCAUUCUUCCUUCCCUUUUUAGCUUGAUCUCAGUUAGUAGAUGGUGUCCUACUCUCUCCCCUCAUUCCAAGGGCUGCUUGUGAAAUAGAACAAGUGAACUAAAUGUUAUAGUUGCACUAAGGAAUGUCAUGGGAAGUAGUAAUAUUUAUCACUGAGUUUGGAAGGGCAUUUCACAUUUUGAGUUUAUAGCAGCUGAUAUGGCAGAAAGACAAAAAGAUAGAUUUGUUCAUUAAGGUGAGAGACAAACUAGGCUUAAGUUUCCACAAAACAGUUAAAAUUCAUUUCCUCAGAAACCUCGAGCAGACAAUGAGAAAUAUUGAAAAGCAAACUAAGUUUUCACAGAAAGUUGUAAAUUUCAAGGUUAUGUAAGAUAAUAAUGACCAAUGAGCUUUCAGGAGAAACUGACAUGGCUGCAGAAUUCUGAUAAGGGGGUCUAGUCUGGAAACUGGCUUAAACGAGCUGGUGUAGAUGACAGGGAAAAGGCUUUUCUUUAUAAUACUUCUUAAUGAGGCUGGGAAUUGUAUCUUCUCUGCCCGGAGGAUCAAUAACACAAAUCUAGACACCUUGGGGUGGGGAAGAGAGCGUCCCUGGGGCGUUCUUUGGCCGUCCAAGGAACUGUUUCUCUAGCCAAUUAAAGGCUAAGUGGACGGGGACUAACAUAGAAAAGCUUCCUCUAGCCUCUGUUAAGAGGGCACUCCGUCUUAGGAGCAUGUGCCUGCUUCUCGUAAGAAUCAACGGCUGUGUCCGUCAAUCUCUUUCAUUCCAGUAAAGCAUCACAGACUUUGAAA